GCCAGCUACGGCUCUGUGGAGGGAUGUUUAGAGAUAGGUAUUUGCUGAGUCAUAGGAAUUGAACCAGGAGUCCUCACUCUGGUCCUCCAGGCCUGCUUAUCUCUCUGUGACCCCAUAGGCUAGUUUCCCUAACCCUUACAAUUGGUCAGUUUUCAAUCCUCCCUAACGCUAUAAAAGAGGCUGUCUUGGCCCAUUUAUUUAGAAGAGCAGCUUCAAGACCCUUCGCAAGACCCUCAGAAUAAAUCAUCAUGGAACUCUUGGCCGCCUUCUCCUCUCUCUUUUCGUCUGCCUUCCAGAAGCCACAGCCAGCCACAGCCCCUACGAGCAAGCUAAGAGCUGAAAUCAUAAAAGAGCUGAUUUUCACUGAGAGCUGACAAUCACUAAGCUUGCUAGGGGCCACGGCUGAGCUGCAGUUUGACCUAGGGCACCCCAGCCUCCAGAGGGCUGAGGUGUCGGCCUUGAGACUGCUUGCCUGGGGCGCUUACCCUACGAGGGACCAGCUAUCCGGCUAAGAAGCUAGCCCUGGUGGCUUCAUUUUAUUUUACAUCUGACGCAUCAAACAGGUGAAUGAGAGACUCUUCACUGACGGAGCAGCGUUUCUCUCCAAGAAACUGUAACUGCCGUUCUUUUGCAUCUCCCUGCGAAGUUAUCCCUCGUUCUAGCGGGAUUUCCUAGCAGGGGGGUCGAUUCGAACCUCAAAUCAGUCAUCUGGACAAAGUUCCGAGGAGACGACCCGGCAGACGCCUUCCAGCAGCUUUUUGACCCUCGGCUGAAGAAAUAUAAGCCCCAUUCCUGUCCAAAGAUGAAAAAUAUCUCCGUUGGUGCUGUCCUCACUGUUGCUUGGAUGUGCUUCACCGUACCGCGUGCCUUCGGCUGGAUUAGUCCACAGCCUAGCCAUAAUGUUUGGGUAACCUUAGCAAAGACAUUAAAACAAGAUAACCUGUGUUUAUCCAUGGGAAGCAUUGAUAACCCACUUUCUACAUGCCUAGUAGGGAUUCCCUUUGUAGCAGAUGAUUGGCCUGUCUAUAACUCAGAGCUCCUCUGCACCACAGGUGGGAGACCCAAUUUGGCAGAUACUUGGGACGAGUGGACAAAAAUGCUGCCUAAUGCUUUAGAUGAACCCCAAGAAUUGGAUCUGCUGGGUUCCUCCAAGGCCGCAUACUGUGUUAAAUUUUACUUUAGAUGCCCGAAAAACAAUUGGCCAGAAAUUGACCAGACAAAAAACACAUAUGGAAAAGACAUAUCACCCAUAAACAAAGCAUAUAACUAUCCCGACUGGUGUAAUUACACUGCUCGUGUGAUAUCUGUGUCCUCUCUCCACCCUAAAGUAUUACCCAAGGGUACAUUUCUCAUCUGUGGUGACAGAGUUUGGGCUGGGAUCCCCUCCCAACUCCAGGGAGGUCCCUGUACACUUGGAAAACUUUCUACUCUCACUCCAAACAUCACACUGUUACGUAAUUGGAGAAAAGAAAGUGAAUCAAAAUGCCACAAAAGAUCCAACACUGAAUUUGAUGAAAAUUGCGAUCCCAAACUAUACGAUUGGAACAAACCCAAAAAGAUUGCUGUCUCCCUAUUCCUACCCUGGGUAGCUGCAGCUAAAGCCCUCGGUGAAAUAAAUCACCUUGGGUGCUGGCUCAGUAAACAAGCUAACGCUACAUCUGCUGCCCUGAGCGAUCUCCUAAAGGAAGAAGAAACCACAAGACAUGCUUCUCUCCAGAAUCGAGCUGCGAUUGACUUCCUGCUGCUUGCCCAUGGACGUGGUUGUGAAGACUUCAAAGGGAUGUGCUGCUUCAAUCUCUCUUCACGGUCGGAAUCCAUCCUGGCGAACAUCCAGAAACUGAAAGAUCUUGUGAAGGACUUGAAAGUAGAAAAAACCCCAGACUGGGUUAAUGACCUUUUUGGUCAAUGGGGAUUAACUGGAUGGGUUGCAUCUUUGGUUAAGGGGAUGUUGUGGGUUCUCCUUGUAGUUGUUGUUGUAUUAGCUAUGUUUUCAUGCCUUGUUCAUUGUUUUAAAAGAACCAUAGGAAAUGUCUUUUUUCUAAAAACAGAAAGUGGAGUUGUAGCAGGCGCAGGGCCGGCUACGGCUCCGUGGAGGGAUGUUUAGAGAUAGGUAUUUGCUGAGUCAUAGGAAUUGAACCAGGAGUCCUCACUCUGGUCCUCCAGGCCUGCUUAUCUCUCUGUGACCCCAUAGGCUAGUUUCCCUAACCCUUACAAUUGGUCAGUUUUCAAUCCUCCCUAACGCUAUAAAAGAGGCUGUCUUGGCCCAUUUAUUUAGAAGAGCAGCUUCAAGACCCUUCGCAAGACCCUCAGAAUAAAUCAUCAUGGAACUCU